GAUUUCUAAUUCCGUAAACGUUUAAUUUUGUUUGGGCGACUGGCUAACCAGACUUUAGUGCGCUUACGAACGGCAACAACGAGUUUAGUGAAAUAACACGUGAUUUAAAAUGCUCAGUGAAUAUUAUAAGUGAAAUUAUGUGGUUACUGUGGCUCCUUUUAGUCUUCGCUAUCCCACUAUGCACACCUCAGAUCAUUCGUACGGAGCACAAGGAUAUAUCGUACCAAAUAGCGGGCAUUUUCACGUCGGAUGCGCAAACACAGAUGCUAGCCUUCAACGAGUCUAUGCAGGGCAGCGGUCUUGACACGCUCCACCUCAGCCCGGCCUUAGUCCUGCCUUCUAGCAAAGACAGUCUCUCCGUUUGGAAUGAGCUGUGCUCCAACAGAAACCUGCGACCGAUAGCAGUCGUCGGUCCCCAGGACCCCAAAUGGGACGGGAUUGUUCGCGACCAAUGCGCCCUCGCCAACAUCCCUCAUAUCCAAGCCACUUGGCAACCGUUGGACCCUGACCUGGAACUCAAUGAAGAAGAAGAAGGGGAAGAAGAUAGUGAAAGCGAAGAAGAAAUCAGCUAUAAGAAGCUGACUAUUAACUUCUAUCCUGAUUCGGAUGAGAUUUCGUUGGCGUACGCAGCCUUGUUGAAAUAUUACAACUGGCAAAGCUUUGCAGUUCUUUAUGAAGAUGAAAAUGGACUGACAAGAAUACAAAAGAUUCUUGCUGAACAUACGACACAUUUUCCUGUAGUCAUACGAAAACUGAACGUUGAGACUCAUAAUCGUGAUGUUUUCAAAGAAUUAUCUAAAUAUCAGCUAAAUCGCAUUAUGAUAGAUUGCGAUGCAAGCCGUAUUUUAGACUACAUGAAUCAAGCUCGUGAUUUAAAAAUGGUCAACUAUUACCAGCACUACAUCCUAGUGACAAUGGAGGCCUACAUCGUGGCUGAACAGCUGACCCACUUCCACUCCAACAUCACGUGGAUCAGCAUCACGGAGUACGACAAGCUGAAGGACGCUCAACACGCGCUGGCGCCCAUGGUCGGCAAGUGGAUCACCAAGCAGAUGACGCCGCCGCCGCCGGUCACCGACUUCACUACCGAGGCCUUGAUAAUGAGCGACAUAGCAAAUCACCUGCUAAAGUCGCUGAAAACAAUAAAAGAUGAGAUCACAUACUUCAGGCCGAGGGCUCACAUUUGUGACGCCGACGCUCAGCCCUGGCGAUACGGUGCACUCUUCCAAAAUGCUAUACUUACGACACCUUCAUACGGCGUCACAGGCAACAUAGCAUUCGACGAAAAAGGCAGAAGGUUCAAUUACACGUUGUAUGUCAAUGAAAUACACGUUUCUAAAAUGGAAACCAUCGGCACAUGGUCUUCUACCAACGUCACCGAGAUUCAAGAAGAUAGGCCGGAUGUGGAAGGCCUUGGCAGGCAGCAGAGCAGCAAGCAUUUUAUUGUAAUAUCCACAAAAGCCAAACCAUGGUUCUGGGACAAAGAUCCGUGUGAAGGGGAAGCCUGCGAUGAUGACGAUGGCCUACAGUACCAAGGAUUCUCAGUAGAUCUGAUCAAGGAGAUCUUCCGACUGCUCCGAGAAGAAAAGUUUAACUACACUUUCGAGUUUAUGGAUGGAGGGGACAAAAAAGCGGGAACAAUUGACGAAAUAUCUAAGAAAUGGACUGGUAUGAUUGGAGACUUGUUGGACAAUGUGGCAGACCUCGCAGUGUGCGACAUAACAAUAACUGAGGAGCGGAAGAAAGUGGUAGACUUUUCAGUGCCAUUCAUGUCCCUUGGUAUCAGUAUACUUUUCACGCAGAAAAAAGAAGCAGAACUAGAAUUGUUCUCAUUCCUCAAUCCAUACACCUUCGAAGUGUGGAUCUACACGGCUACAGCUUACUGCGUUGUUUCUGUGAUAUUAUUUAUUUCUGCCAGAAUAUCUCCAGCUGAUUGGGAAAACCCUCAGCCGUGCGAUAAAGACCCAGAGGAGCUGGAAAACAUUUGGAACUUUAAAAACUGUGCGUGGUUGACAAUGGGAUCUAUCAUGACUCAAGGUUGUGAUAUUUUACCGAAAGCUUUUGGAUCGCGCUGGGUUUGUAGUAUGUGGUGGUUUUUCGCCAUGAUCGUCUGCCAGACGUACAUUGCCCAGCUGUCGGCUUCCAUGACGUCAGCUCUGGAAGACGAGCCUAUCAACAGCGUCGAAGAUCUGUUCAAGCAAAACAAAAUCUUAUAUGGUGCUAUGCAAGGUGGAUCUACGCUCGAAUUUUUCAAGACGUCAAAAGAUAAAAUGUUCAAAAAAAUGUACGAGAAAAUGAUGACGAAUCCCGUGUUGGUUGCAAGUAACGACGAAGGAGUGAAGAGAGUGGUCAAAGGGAAGAAUCGGUACGCCUUCUUCAUGGAGUCCACCAGUAUCGAGUACAAGUUGAAAAGGAACUGCGACCUCACAAAAGUGGGCGGUGAAUUGGAUUCAAAAGAUUACGGCAUAGCAAUGCCGGCAAAUUCUCCUUUUCGAAGUCACAUCAACAGAGCUAUUUUAAGACUAAAAGAGCUAACACUUAUAGAUGAAAUAAAAACAAAAUGGUGGAACGAAAGGGAUGGAGCUAUGAAAUGUCCCGAGGCGAAUGACACUGACGAGGUAGAAGGGUCACUUGGAAUGGAGAACCUAAUGGGUGCUUUUUUGGUGCUUAUCGUAGGAAUGGUGUUCUGUCUGUUUGUCACCGCGCUCGAAUUCUUGAACGAAGUCCGGAACAUCGUUGUUCGUGAACAGGUGAGCCACAAGGAAGUCAUAAUAAAGGAACUGAAGUGGUCGCUGAACUUCUUCCAGCUUCAGAAGCCAGUUUUGAGGAAUCCGAGUCGAGCGCCCUCUAUCGCCUCCUCCACCGAAACGGAGUACAGGAUGGAAAAACAAUCGGCCCUCAUUGAAAACUUUUUGGAGUUCGAAAAGGAGACCCAAUAAUGAUUUUUGACAGCUGGAUUACUAACCUCAUUUUUAGAGAAACUUUAGAUCAAACUUUUUGGUUGAGCUGAUGUUUUAUUAAUGUUGGUUGCCUAUUGUAGUAACUUAUUACAUAUAGUUC